AUGGCUAUGAUCAUUCCCGAGGUUCCCAUGACGCCACGCAAGUUUCCGGUGGCACCUCGCAAGCAUCGCCUCCCCGCACACAGCACGAAACGUGCACUCUGCGUCGUCGAUCUGGAGAUCGACUUGGGUCAGUCAUCGGAGAGCUCCAGCCUUUACUGUCCCCGAGUCACCUUCGCAAGCACGGACCAGGUCGUCGAGAUCCCUGAAGGAUCUGCGACUGGUCUUCGGGGUCUCCAACAGCUCUCUGCAGCGAAGGCUAGCGGCGAAAGCUUGGGCGAAGCCUGCGAAUCUUCUGGACUUGGGCAGCUGACAGCUGGCCGCCACGAAGCCGUGCGUCUCCGCAUCGAGCAGCUCUUGGAUGCAGAGCCACGAAGAAUCAGAGACCGCUCGAAAGGCGCGCAGAUGGCCACCGAGUGGCCUAAUGAAAGUUGA